UCAAAUUGUAGUGACCCCGGGUUUGGUUGCAAGAGCAUUGUUGUAGUUAGCUGCUUAGCUAAUUUCAUCCGGGCAGCUUCCUCCUCGCUAUUAAAAGUGCGCUUAGAGCAACAUUUUAUUUUUAAGGCCAACGUGUCGUGUUUCAGUAACACCAACAAAGUACUCGUAUGGAGUUGCUUACCGUUUAACUUUAACUAAAGACUAGUCACUCAAAUAAAGUUCGCUUCACUAUAGUUACUAGCAAGUUAAGCUAGCAAAUGUGUUUGUCUAUGCACCCCAGUCUAGUUAGCUAGCUCAAGUGCCUAAAUUCGCAGGAAUGAACCAUAAAAGUAAGAAAAGGAUCAAAGAGGCGAAGCGGAGCGCCAGACCUGAGCUGAAGGACUCUUCAGACUGGACGAAACAUGACUAUUGCGAGACUUUCGAUGUGUCACACCGCUCAGUGAAGGACAAUGUUGAGCGUGUGGACACCCUGCGUCUCAGCGCAGAGGAGUUCAUCCAGCGCUUCGAGAGGCCCUACAAACCUGUGGUGCUGCUCAACUGUCAGGAUACCUGGCCCGCACGCGAGAAGUGGACCAUGGAGCGCCUCAAACGUAAGUACCGCAACCAGAAGUUUAAGUGUGGUGAGGACAACGACGGGUACUCUGUGAAGAUGAAGAUGAAGUACUACGUGGAGUACCUGGAGUCCACACAGGACGACAGCCCACUCUAUAUUUUCGACAGCAGCUACGGCGAGCACGCCAAGCGCCGUAAGCUGCUGGAGGACUACCAGGUGCCAGUUUACUUUAGGGAUGACCUCUUCCAGUUCGCCGGGGAGAAGCGUCGGCCUCCUUACAGAUGGUUUGUAAUGGGUCCUGCCCGCUCUGGCACUGGCAUCCACAUUGACCCGCUGGGUACGAGUGCCUGGAAUGCCCUGGUGCAGGGGCACAAGCGCUGGUGCUUGUUCCCCACCCACACGCCCCGGGAGCUGAUCAAGGUGACCCGGGAUGACGGGGGCAACCAGCAGGACGAGGCCAUCACCUGGUUUAACGUGGUGUACCCACGCACCCAGCAGCCAACCUGGCCUGCUGAGUUCAGACCCCUGGAGAUUCUGCAGGGACCAGGGGAGACCGUGUUUGUUCCUGGAGGCUGGUGGCAUGUGGUUCUCAACAUGGACACCACCAUCGCUAUCACUCAGAACUUUGCCAGCAGCACCAACUUCCCCAUCGUGUGGCAUAAAACUGUGCGGGGCCGGCCCAAACUAUCAAGGAAGUGGUAUCGAAUCCUGAAGCAAGAGAGGCCAGACAUGGCUACCCUGGCAGACAAAGUGGACCUCCAGGAAUCGACUGGCAUCGCCUCGGACAGCUCCAGUGACUCUUCCUCCUCCUCUUCCUCCAGCUCCUCUGACUCAGACUCAGAGGCUGAGUCGGGCUCGGAGGGGGACGCCAUGUCUCACAGGCGGAAGAAGAGGAAGACGUGCGGUAUGAUAUCCAACGGAGACAGCAGCACCAAGGACGACUGUGUCAGCAAAGAGCGCAGCUCCUCCCGGUGACCCCCUCGCUCCGCCCCGCCUCACAAAAGGCCACACCCAGGGGCUUUUGCAUGAAGAGCAGCCAAUUUGUUUGUUUUCAUUGGUGUGUCUCCAAAGGAGAGUCUGGUGUCCCUCUGUCAGUCUGUUGAAUAGAUAAGAGGCUCAGCCUACUCAUAGGCUGUGAUAAAGGAGAUUCCCCCUGAGGCGUGGACCUGCUGGAGGUUUAUCUGCCACCGCUCAGCUUCUAGUCAAAUGUUAAUCUAUAUUGCUGUUGCUUGUGGGGUGUGGGAAGAGCAGUAUUUCAGUGCAAGGGAGGGGUGUUGACCUUUGGAGAGAGGUGGGCUGUUGCCUUGUUGUACAUCAGGUACUGGGUCUGAGGCAGGGAGCCGGCUGGCCUGUCUCUACAGUGCCAUGGUCUUACGUUGCUCAGUGGGGAAAAGUUUUCUAUUCACAGUGAGAUGAUGGCUGGCUGGAUGGAUGGAUAGGUGUGCUUUGGAUUGACUUCACUUUGCAGUACAUGGGGAUGCCAGUUGAGUUCUGUCAUGGCAGAGUUGACCAUCUUUAGAUAUUAAAGUGUACUGUGAGUUUUGUAAGUUGAUAAUGUAUGGCAGGGUAAGGGUGGAGGGAAAUGCUGCUGCCUUAGUCUGCAAAAAAGUCACUGAUUUAUAUUUUUAGUUAACAUUUAUGCUUUCAUCCUCUGGGCUUCUUUUGCUAGUAACAGUUGAACUGAUAUGCAUAUGUAUUGCAAUCAAAACAGUUAAUUCAGAAUCAGUUAAUUCAAUGAAAUGGUUAGCAAAUGAACAGUCCACAAUCCAGGCAAGACCGUCUAGUGAAACAACAGCUUUUUCAAGACUUAGCCCAAGUCAUCCAGCAACAACUGUAAAGGCCAAGGGAUCCCCCCCCCCCCCCACUUAGAUUCAGCCGGUUCAGCUUGAAAUUCAAAAGCUUGACCUUUUAGGAGGUAAUUGCCUAUACUACACUCCCUUAGCUCCAGGUUGGGUAAAAUGAAUCACUCUCAGGUGCCACAAAUGAAUGUUGGGCUAUCAACAACAAAAUUCCACCCAAGAAACAACAACAAUAUUGCCUGGUUAUGUCAUGUUUCUAUGACUUUAAUUAUGAUAUAUAUUUUUUUAACCUUUUAUUUAGUCAGUUAAAAACAAAUUCUUAUUUACAAUGACCGCCUACUCUGGCCAAACCCGGACAAUGCUGGGCCAAUUGUGCGCUGCCCUAUGGGACUCCCAAUCAUGGCCAGAUGUGAUACAGCCUGGAUACGAAUCAGGGACUGUAGUGAUGCCUCUUGCACUGAGAUGCAGUGCCUUAGACCGCUGCACCACUCGGGAUUAAUUUAAUUACAUAUGGGUUACUCACACAUUUUUCAAAUUUGUAUGAUAAAAUUGUUAUUGUCUCUCGUAAAAGUGAGCCCUUUGCUGCUAUAUUAAUCAACAUUUUAAGAUGAAUGAAAUCAAACUAUUCAAAUAAUUUGACAUUACACGGCUAUACUGUAGAUCAGGGGCAUCAAUUGAAAAAAUUAUUCCGAUCUCAAUUGACAUGCCUAAAACCAAAUUGAAACUGCGUAGAAAUUAUAGUGGACAUAAUUUAUAGUCUCUAAACUCUGUCCAGCUUGUUAACAGUCAUCAAAAUGAAAGCUGGACUGUCGGGGCACAUAGAAAAUGUGAGGAAUAGAGAACUAUUUUUUGCCAAUUUUGCAAGUAAUAUAACCAAUACAAGUGGACCUCAGUGAAGACAGAACGUGGCCCUUUGUGGCAAAAUGAGUAUAACACCCCUGUUGUUUCCCCAACCCAAAUCAUGCCUAUUCCUGGUCCAAAAAGCACUUUCAGAGAAGUCUAUCACGGAUGCGUUUUAGUCCAAGAUUAGAAUGAACCUCUUUCCAGGAAAGGAGCCCUAGGUGUUUGAUCUUGUGUUCUCAUUCUGAGACCCCAUUUUAUAUUCUCCAUCACAUACAGAAGGGGGCACCAAUGCCAGAGUUCUCACACUAGCUUGGCACUAGUGUGUAGGUUACAGUCCAGAAGAUACAGUUGUGUUGAAAGUAGAAAUGAGGGCUGGCACAGGGAAAAGUUUAAACAUAUUGUAGGCCUUCUAGUUGCACAUCUUGAUCUUAUUUAUCUGUGUAGUACAGCUAAGGGGGUUUGUGAAAUGUUGCAAAUACAUUUUAUGUGAGGGGAUAGGUAGAUAUUUUGGACAGGCGAAAUUCAUAGUUCUUUCCAAGUGGCUUCUAGGUUAUGUGGCAUAUACUGCUCUACAAUGAUUCAACUGCUUUGUAUUUCGUUAGUGUAAAUUCAAACAAAAGCAACUAGCUAAUACAUUACUGUUAUUCAGCAAAUACAAGUUAAUGGUUUGAAUGCAGAUUCUGCGUGUAUAACUUUGUUCUGUGGGGUUAACAUGGAGUCAAGUGAAUACUGUUUUUUUGUGCUUUAAAAUGUGGCUGUCAUCUAAAAUGAUUGAAAGUACUUUGAAAUAUGUGAAUUGCUGUAUGUCUGUGCAGUAGGUGUUUUCCACUGUCUUUAGACAAAAGUGCCUAUAAGCACCAAUUGAUACUGUCAUUGGCCUGCAGAUGAGAGGUUGUGUUGCUACUUGUGGUCAAUGCGUCUGGUGUUUGCGCUGUUUUUAACCCAUUAGGUGCUCAUCUCAAGCAUUUAGCACUAUUACGAUUCCUGGGGUCGGUCACAUAUAGUGCCUUGGGAUCCGAUGGGGGAAUGGUGAGAACCAGGAUCCUAUGUGGGUACAACUCAGUUGUCUGUGGCUUCCUCUGGUCAACCUCUUCCCUUCAGCUGCACUGAUCCAAAUCUACAGGACUGGAAAAUGGAAGCCCUCUAUUAGGGUUCCGUCAAAUUGCUUUCACCUAUCCUGUCUGUCCAGAUCAGGGCUUUCACCUGUUCUGUCUGGCCAGAUCAGGGGUUUCACCUGUUCUGUCUGGCCAGAUCAGGGGUUUCACCUAUCCUGUCUGGCCAGAUCAGGGCUUUCACCUAUCCUGUCUGGCCAGAUCAGGGCUUUCACCUAUCUUGUCUGGCCAGAUCAGGGCAGAUAAAGGAGAAUGCUGAGAGGAAGCCAUUUUAAGAUAUUUAAAUGUACACCCAGACAUACCUUGACGCUAACCAGAUCAAAGUUAAUAAAUUAUUGAUGAGUUAAUAAAUUAUUUUUUCAUGCA